UCCACCACGGCGUCCGCCGAAACGCGGUCUCGUGAUCGUGGACAAGUGUGGCUUCCGCGCUCGCGCGUUGCAUUUAACUCCGAGUCGAACCAACAGACUUCUCCCUCCGCGCCCGUGUUGAAGCAUACUCUGAGCUUUCAAGUAUCUCCUUCCCAAACCGUCAACUGCGAAUUCCACAAUGUCAGAACUGUCCUAUGUCGACGCUGAAGAAAUUGCAUCUGCUUGCAAAUCAGCAGACUUUGGACAGUCUCAAACCAAUUCCCGGUAUCGACCCACGGCAUGUUAUUACGCUAACGACGAAGUCGUUCACAAGGUCGAUCUACCUGCGGAGCUGCUUGCGAACAUCAUUUCAUACAUCGCGGAAGAGGACAAGGAGGGCUUCUGGUGGAAGUCGAUCUCGCGUGUAUCCCGAUAUUGGCACGAAGUCGCGCGUGAAGCUGCAUGCCUGUGGACCACCCCAUAUGCGUGUUAUGGUCCGAACCUCUUCCGCGCAGCGAUGGAAAGGUCACGUAACCUUCCGCUGACCGUGCACAUUGUUGGCCCCCACUCCUGGUGUCUCGCCGCUUUGGAAGCGGUCAGGCCGCAUGCACACCGAGUCCAAAGUCUUUUUUUCUUCCCUGGAUACAGGCAUUUUGCCAACAGCCCCCCGUCCGGCGUCCUUGACAUGUCCUGCUUGGAAUUUGAUGUGCCCAACCUGACGGCCCUCUGGAUCAACCUGAAGUACUUCACGGAGCAGACCCCAUUCAUCAUCACCCACUCGCGCUACCCCCAUCUCUGCGAACUCACCUUGGAACGUGCGACCACGCCGUGCGACCCGGAAGCCUACGCGUCGCUCACGCGCUUGACGCUCCUGGACCAACACGACAUCGAGGGGUUUGAGGAGACGCUGGAGGACUUCUCCGCCAUGCUCCGCGCUUGUACCAACCUACAGUUUCUGUGCCUCGAGGAAUCCGGCCCCGACGUCCGUGACGACGCUGACCAGAGAGUACGUCCUGCUGACCCGCAGACCACCCCGCGCCUCCCGCAUUUGCGCUCGCUCUGGCUCCGGGACGACGAGAAAAACACAGCCUUCUUCAUGAGGCACCUAGCCUUUCCACCAACGACUUGCAUCUACUUGACGAUGAUGUUUUCGGGAAGCUUACCAUCACAAGAACUGGAAGGCUUCUAUGUAUCGCCGAGCGUCGAGGGGGUCAUCUCCCAGAUAGAGGUCAUCCGCGUGGUCGCGAAUCUCGACCUCCGCAUCCGGGUCGAAUUCCUGCCGAACUGGGAGGCGAGAAAGACGUUCGAAUGGGGCUCGGUCGACGAGCCGUCUUGCAUCGCUUUCGAGCACGAGGGCAGGGAGACUGGGGGCAGCCUGGAAGUCGAGUGGUGCAUAUGGGCCUUCACGCAAAGCGCCCGCAUGAAGUUCGUCGCGGCGCCCCUCAGGUACCUGAUCAUCGCAGGAGAAUUUUGGGAUGCGACCGGAUCGCUGACGUGGAAGAGACUCUUCGACGUGUUCCCCUCGAUUGAGGUUAUCCAAAUUGAAGACUACGAGCGCCAGGACCGAACCAUAUACAGGUCCUUGAGUAUGAUUGACCCCCGGACCAACCAGAUCGCCUGUCCGAACUUGAAGACCUUCGUGGUCAAGGGCCGGUGGUCACCCACUUUGCUAUCAGACGUGAGGGAGUGCUUUGCGACUCGGAAGAGUCACGUCCCCAUGCUGGAGAAGCUGGUCUUCAAGACGAACACUCGUACCAUAGGUUUGCCGUUAGGCCCGCAGAGGUUCGGCUAUUUGAGCGGGCUGCGGGAGGUCGCCAAGGUCAUCGAGUUGUGGACCGGAAAGCUGGACUGGCUUGGCGGAAAGAGGGACGUGGUGCGUGUCGAGAAGAUGGACCAAGAUGAAUGGGAACGCGUCCUCAAGUUUGACUCACCGUACCCCGAUAUUCACGGCUUCUAGAAUGUAUAUUACUGUCAAC